UAUUUCCUUCCCACACCUUCCCCAAAUCGAUCCACGUCGUCCUCCUCCUCUCCUUUUUAGCUCUCAACUCCAUUUUUGCGGUUUAUCGCUUCCAAAACUUAACCCUCACGUUAGAGCACCACCAUGAGAUGCGAUCGCCGCUUCGACGUCCCCUCCUCUCCUCCAUCCUCUCGCAAGAAGAAGCUCCGCUGCUCGGCCUUCUUCUCCUUCUGCUUCGGCGGCGCCGGCGGUCCCCCGGAGGAGGCGCGGCCGGCAUCGCUGCUCCGGUCAUCGUCGACGUGGCUCCGCACCAAGGUGACGGAGCUCCGGAGACUCGUGUCCCGGAUCGGGAGGCCCCGCCGUCGCGCCGGAGGGUUCCGGUACGACCCCCUCAGCUACGCCCUCAACUUCGACGAGGGCAACGACAGCAGCGGAGAUUCGGAGGCGUUCCGGUGCAGGAAGCCCCCCGGGCGGCUCCCGGUUUCGCCGGCGGCGGCACCGACCGGGACGAGGUAGGGUUUCUGGUCGUAUAUUGCUUGUAUAUAUUGGUUGGAUAUCGUGGCUGCAAUGGAGAGUAGGGUUGGUUAUCCGGUGUUGCCUGUUGGGCGCGGAGUAUCAAAAAUGUGCGCAUGCCACGCUGCAAUAUUUUUUCCUUAAAUUAUGAAGUCGUCCGAGUUCAUUAUGAUUCUAUUCUUCGGUUUCUUUUUUUCA